AUAAAAGUGUUCUUGAUGGUCUUUUGUAUCCUCAUCAUUCAAUCAUGCACAUAAACCAAAGAUGGUUGCUCAUCAGAAUCAACAACCCUCAACAGCUUCAGUGCUUUACAAUAGGGAAUGUCAACUUCACCAUCACUAAAAAUUCCUUCUAGAAAUUGUUAUCCAACAGAUCAAACUUUAUGUGUUUCCCCUCUUUAGAUUUUCCCAACCUGUGAGAUGUAAAGAAGCUACUUGUGACAAGUUGUUCCAGCAAAGGCCUAUGGUCAUACACACUUUUUAAGCAUAUGAAACUUGUAGCAAAUCGAGUAGCUCCUCAUGAACAAUAUGCUUCCAACCUUCUAACUUCUUCAUAAAAGCUAAGAGAGAUAGGUGACUUUCCACAAAUGAUUAACAACUGGUGCAGCACAUAGAGAUCAAAAAAUACUCUUAUACUUCUCAUGAACUUUUCUCCCAGCAGCAACAUAAUUGACAUCAUUAUCUAUGAUAAAAUGCACAACAUUCUCUAGCCUAAUCACACCACCAAACAAGUUGGCCAAAGUACCUUAACCAAGUCCGAUGCAUCCAAAGAUUUCGGAAAACAUACGCCCUUUGGACAAUAGACUAGAAAAUUAAUCAAUGACCUUUGACUUAUAUCUGCCAACCAUCAGUCAUCAAAGCGCAACCAGUAAUUUUCCAACUCUUCCGAUAAUCAUUUAUGAUAAGAAGGUACCUUCAAAUUGAUAAUGGUUGACGACAAGUGAGCUGGUAUCCACCAAAUUAGAUGAGUUGAGCAAGAAGGAUAUGAGGCAAGGGGCCGACCCAAAACAGGGCAGUCCUUCAUUGUCGUGUGCUUUAGCUGGGGUUGGGGGCUGACGGGCGGGCGAGGUCGUCAGCAACGAGUGUGGUCGCCGACAACGUUCGUUGCCAUCGGGAGCAGGCGUGACCGACUUGGAGUGCGCGAUUUCGUCGGGAGUGGGAGAGGUCUCCUGGAGCGUGCGAAUCAAUUGGAGUGCAUGAUUCUACCAGGUGACGCCGACGAGAGCAGAUGAUGCCGGUGAGAAGGCGCUCUGGCGACAAGAGAGAACGAGAUCGUCGGUUGCUCGUGACUAUGUGUAGGCUAGGUCGCCGCCCUCUGAGAGAAGAGCUAGGGUUUGUGCUGUGGAGAAAAAUUGAGAAUGGAAAGCCAAUCAAUAUUCAUAGCCCAUAGGGAUCAACAUUCAGUUGAACUCCUCUUCUGUGCAAAACGGAGCUCCAUGCCUAAACCAAGCGCUCGAUCAAACAGGUUAACCAUCUAGGUUUCUUGAGUUUGACUGGGUCUGGGUUGACCUUCACCCAUUUGCAGCACUGUGUCGGCGACGGACCGUCACCGUCACCGUCUUGUUGAACCGCGGGCUGAUAACCUUGCAUCCAAUAGACCUAUCAUCCAGUGACUUAACCGGUCAACUGUCAAAACCGGGUUGAUAACUAGUUAACCACAAUGCCACCGUCCACCGCACCGUCUUCCACUGCUUCUGGAAGAGGAGUAUAUUGCGGCAGCUGUGUGUCCGAUUUUGAAGGAGGCACUUCCGAUUUCCCAACUCUAUGGCAGAAAAACCUCAAGCAGUGCGAGUUUUGUACUGCGGCGUAUGCUCUCUUCCGCCGGAGUACUGUGAAUUUGGAUCCGAUUUUGAGAAGUGCAACCCCUAGCUCGUCAGGAACGCCCCCGACGACCGACGUCUACCUUGAUCUUCUCAAAGAUGCUAAUGAAAAGGACAUUGACAAGGUUUCUGAUUGUCUUCAACCUAUUGGCAUCUCACUCGAGGGCAGUAGUGAUGGGGCUGCCUCAUCUACUCAAUCUGCAUCGAAAGCUGAAGAAGUUAAACGUCUUCCCGGUGGCAAAAUAAAAAAGAAAGAGAAGCAAGAAGUUGUAAUUGAUAAGGUUGUACGCAACAAGCGCAAAUGUAUUACCAUUAUUAAAGGAUUGGAACUCUAUGGAAUCAAGCUUAGUGUUGCUUCCAAAAAACUCGAGAAGAAGUUUGCAACUGGUGCAUCUGUUGUCAAGGGUCCAACUGACAAGGAGCAAAUUGAUGUUCAAGGAGACAUAGGUUAUGAUGUCGUUGAAUUUAUCAGACACGUGGCUUGAUGUAAUCUCCUUUCUUACUCUCUCCUUUUAAGUUUCUUUUAUUCACCUUCUGUUGUCUGCAUCUGUAGUUUCAGACAUGCGUACUAUUGCAUUAGUUAGGCAGCUUGUCCUAUCUGUUGACGAUUUUUAGUAAGUUAUGACGACUGACACCAAAAUGAAAGGAAAAGUAAUUCUCUUUUGGAACCAUGAUACGGGAAGUAUCUUGGCAUGUAUUCUUAACUGUUGGCAGCCUAAAUUUUGUUUUUCCUGAAUGAUUGAUCUGUUCUGCAUUCAGAGAUGGCUCAUACUUUGUGAAUACUAUAUUCUCACGGUGAAUUUGUUUCUUUGUUGGGUUUGCGCUUGUAGAUCUUUCACUAUCUUCCAUUUUAGAUUUUCUUUGUUCAAGACUUUCUCUCUAAUCUUAAAUGUUCCAUACAGAUUCUGUGUUUUAAUGGUCUACUAUUUCAGGUGCCUGAAAGUGCAAUUACUCUUCGUUGAAGAAGGGGAAAGGGUUGCAGCUGGUUGACUCUGGCCUUUAGUGGAAGCUCUGUGCAACGUUUGGUGCAGGUAUGAGUUGGUUUUGGGCGUUUAGGGUAAAUCGAAAGAACAUAUAGGAUGUAAUUUGUUACCACUCAUGGAGAAGCAAGCUCCAGAUGUGAAUGCAAUCAAAUACUGAGAAGAGCAGGAUGUUUCGGUUACGUUACGUGAAUUUGCUGUCCUCCACCUUGCUGCUUUUCACUGACCAUUGUAUUCCUCGUUUACUUUUUCAUAGAGAAGCUCAAACAAAACAUAACAGUGUGA